UAGCGGUGUCCCGCAAGGGAGUAUUUUGGGCCCCAUACUUUUUCUGGUUUUUGUUAACGACCUCCCGAAAAUGUGCGAUCAAUUGUUUCCCCUACUUUUUGCCGAUGACGCCAAAUUUCUCAGCGUGGGUUUAAGCACAAUAGAUAUUCAAAGUGAUUUAAAUGCGUUGUAUGACUGGACCGUUAGAAACAACAUGCCCUUCAAUAUGGAUAAAUGCUGCCUAAUUAAAAUGUCCAAAAACGAAAAACGAUUGCUUUUUGGAAACGAAUUGAUUAAAACAGAGGAAACUCAAUCUGAUUUGGGGCUCAUGCUUUCCUGUGACUUAAAAUGGAAUUUGCAUAUAAAUAAGGUUUGCUGCAAAGCAAUUCGUGUUUUUCACAUGAUAAAAAGAAGCGUAUCGAAUCUUGGACAAAAAGCUAAACUGGAUUUGUAUAAAUCUAUGAUCGUACCAAUACUCACGUACGCAAGUCCAUGUUAUGGAUUAAGUAAAUACAUUAUUACGGAGCUUGAAAAUGUACAAAGGCGUAUAGUUAAAUGGAUAAUUCCGCAUAUGGAUUCGUACAAAGAUCGGUUAAUCGAAAUUUCACUAUUGCCACUGCCAAUGUAUAUACAGAUCAACAACCUUUUGUUGCUGUCAAAAAUUUUAUCGAAAAAUUAUGAUGUUGACAUGUUGAAAGUUCCAUCGUAUUCCUGUUCCUCGCGCGGUUGUAUGUUUCAGCUCGAGAGGCCGAAAAAGAAAUUUUUGGAGGACGAAUUCCUUUACCAAACAUGUCGGCUAGCGAAUGUGAUCAAAAUUGACGUGAGAGAAACAAGCAGACUGAAGAAGCGAAUAUUGUGGUUAUUUUGGAGAAAAUUUGAGAAGGACUACGAACAAAUGAACAAGUGCACAUGGAGAAUUGCUUGCGAUUGCACAAUGAAUGACUGUAGAAGCAAAACUUCACUAUAGAACGAAAAACUGAAAGGGGGAAACCCCUUGUGCUACGAGCACAAAAGCCCUACUACUACUACUACUACUACAAACCUUGUAGGUAUGUGUGUUAAGCGUGACAGAUGCAACCGAAGCAUCAGUGUUUCCCGGAAGAGGUAUCUAGAAAAAGUUUUCAGUCGUUUCGAGAUCAGCGAAUGCAACGCUCUGAGUACCCCAAUGGAUGCGAAUUUUACGUUACUACCAGAUGAAGGAGAGUUGCAUUCCAAUCCAUCCUUAUACCGAGCUGCGAUCGGAUAAUUGUUGUUUGAUGUACGCAAGUACAGCCACCAGACCUGAUCUGUCGUACGCAGUUUGAACUUGAGUCAGUUCAUGUCAAACCCGCGAGUUCCACAUUGGAAUGCUCUGAAACGAGUAUUCAGAUACAUCAAAGGCACGUUAAAUUUUGAGCUGAGACUAGAAGUCACAGAGCAGCUCAGUUUAGUAGAGAAUCCUCGACAUCAUGACCGGACCAUAACACAUUGAUGUUACGCAUCACUUUGUGCGACAACGCAAACAACGAAAAGAGGUAAGCGUUGAACAUCUUGCGACGCAAGAGAUGAUUGCUGAUGCUUUCGCCAAGCCUCCACCGAAACUUAUUCAAGAGAAACGAAACCAAGCUUAUAAUCAACGUCAUCAGCAUGGGAGACUGUGGAAGUAACUAUGUAUGUUGUGCUGAUUAUCUGAUUUGUAUUGCAUGUAUUAGAUGUCUUUCAGUGAUUUUGACGCCUCACUAUUAAUGCAACCAAUUGUAUGCUCAACAGUUUUCACAUAGCGAAGCUAACAUAAUUAUCUGUUGCUGUUCUCAGUUUUUUUUAAACAAGUCUGUUUAAUGUUACAAAAACUGCAGCGUUAUCUAAAGGAUAAGUCCGAACAAAGAAAUAAUGCAAUUGAAGAUGUUGGGAUUUGUCCAAUGGUUUUAUUAGUUUAGUUUCACUGAGCCAUUUUCAGAAAAAUGAUUUUAAUUUGAGGUUGAUAUGUAAGAUAAGAGUUUAAGUGAAAGUAAAGUGCUUUGGAAAUUAAUUGUAGUAGUUAUUAAUUGAACAAUAGUCCAACUACCAGCUAGCUGGACUACCGCUCAAUGACUAAUUCCUCUCAUUUCCCUAAAUCAUCGUGAAGUCACUCCACAAUCCGUCUGAGUUCUGUCGAGUUUUGCCAAUUUGGUAGUUUUAAUUUCUCGAGAAACAAUAAAUAAGUCAGGCCCUAUUCAAAAAUAAUCAACUCCUAUUUCUCGCGAAACCGCUUCAACAGUUGUUCUCUAUUCAUAAUUUUCUAGCGGCACGUUUCACUUUCUUCUUAAUUUGCGCUCUGGUUGCAUCGAAAUUGCUUCGUUUUUUUUCAGGAUAUAAAGGCUAAUGACACGCCUAAUUAUCUGCUCGGUUAAUUUCUCUGAUCCUGAGGCUGAUUCUUGAUUUUAGAUGACUAUGAGUUCAUCUUUCCAAAUAUUCCAAACAAUUGUAGCAAUUGACUUGGAAACUACAGGUUUUCUGGAUCCAGAAAUAUCAGAAAUCGCAAUUAUUGCAAUCCCUUUUGAUUUACUUAGUGAUAUUAAUGCUGUGCGACGUGUAGGAAACAAAUUAGUGAUUUGUUUAGAUCCGCAACGAGAUUUUGAACCUGCUGCUGAAAAAAUUACUGGCCUUAACAAGAUAAAUCUCAAUGGUUUUAGUAAUUUUGGUUGCCAUACUUUGAGGUUGUUGGACACUUUUUUCCGAAUGUUACCGAAACCAAUAAUCUGUGUUGCUCAUAAUGGGUUUAAUUUCGAUUUUCCGAUAAUUAGAAAGACUUUGGACAAAGUUACGUCGCUUGGCGUACCUUUAUUAUACGAGUUCUUAGAGCAAGAUGGAGUUUAUUUGUGCGACUCUCUUAUAUAUUUCCGUUGCGAAACUUUGCAGAAGCGGGAGCCGCCUCAAAUUGACGAGUCGCCCAGCACAAAAAUGAAGCGAAUUGGCCUUGACUCGCCCAAAAAGAGUCCCGAGGCUGAACAUAGAAAAGAUGAGCAGGCUUCUGUUUGCAAAAUGUGUCAAAACUCAGCCUAUAUCACAUCAAAUGGCGCGAUCGUAACAAACGAAUGUCUCUGUUCUACCUCUGCUCUUUUAGAGAUCAAAGAUCACACUCUAUUGAAUUCUGACACUUCAGAGAGCAGCAGCUGUGCAGAAGAGAAAACAGGCAGUGAGUCACAAAGCAGGCCUGUAACUCCCACGAAAAGUAGUAUGGGAAGAAAAACAUAUCCCUCCGGUCACUUCAAGUUAGAAAACAUCUACAAAAGAAUGUUCUCGACAUCUCCGUCUGAAGCACACGCUGCUUUAGCUGAUUGUAAUACUCUUUUAGAAUGCCUUUCCUCUGAUUUUCUUAACUUCUCAGAAGUUGUUAAUGAGGCACUCUGUGUUGUAAACAGUGAAAAUAAAUCAGAUGUGUUACUCAAAUUUCAUGAAAUUGGAACCUACUGUAGAUAGAAACUGGUCAUACGUUCCUCGAUCAAAUGUAGUAAAAUGUUUUAAGAUGUUUUCGAUGAAUUUUAGAUUUAUUUUUAGAUGUAAAUAUUUUUGAAUUCUCAAAAACGUGAUGCGUUUUAAUAGGUUUAGAUUGAAAAAUCUUUAUGAAGUAUUAGUGUAUUACGUUAGGUUUUUAAUUUGUAUGGUAACGAAAAAUUGCCUACAAGUGAAAACUUAUUGAUCAAUGUGUACCUUAUUUCGCAAUCUUUUGGUAAUCAGUUUGCGUUAACUCAUCUCUAUGCCAUUCAGAAAGCUUGCACCCAAUUCUAUUUGAUUCAUUUUACAAAAAAGCAGCGUUGUGGUUAAUUUGAAAUCAUUUUAUUAUCUGUGGUUAUUUUGUAAUACGUAGCUUUAAGUCAGUGCAUCAAAUCGUUUACCUUCUGUUCAUGAAAUAGUUAGUAUAACUGUACGAGUACUUGAAAGCUUUCAUAACUGAUGCCAAACAAGAA